AUGAGAGCUCUUGUUCUCCUCACCCUUGCUCUCGCCAUUUGCGUGAAUGCAGGUCUGCUCGACCUCAGAAGCUCUGCUGGGACCGUCAAGGGCAUUAUUAAAGAGAAGGUGAUCGACAAGAUAGAGCAGGCUGCUGAUCGCAUUAAGGAGGCCUUCAAAAACGAUAUGGCUGCUUUCAAGAACAGAUUAAGCGGAUUCAGGGACAAAAUAUUGAAGAAGCUCGCGUUGACAAAGGAGCAAAGAGCGGCACUCCUGGAAAGACUUAAGCUUUUUAAAAGAAAAUCCAUUGACAAAGUGCAACCAAUGGGAGACUCAAUUGAGGAGAUCAACAGAAACAGCAAAAUAGCCGGUGCUCUUUUCCAAGGAGAUAUGAUCCUUUCGAAAGAUCAAGAAGACCAAAUUAUUGCCGAAAUCAGCGACGGUACCCGCUCCAAGCGACAGGCCAUGAAAGAAACAGAGUAUCCCUGGCAAAAGAUGGCAUCAAGGACUCAACUACUUCUUCGACAGUAA